GUCCUGUGGGCGUCAGUAUCACACAGUGAUCACAGUUCACACCUGCAGUGAAGCUCCUCCCACAACAAUUCACCAAUAAAUACUGGGAAUAUUCACAUCAUCCUACAAGAGAAGGACAAACUCCAGGUGUAGCAGCUGAAAUCUGUGGGACUGUUAAAGAUGGAGUUUAUUAAAGUGGAGAUUGAAGACAUGAUUGAUCCAGAACCAUCCAGAAUAAAACAUGAAGAUAUUGAGCAGCAAAUAGACUGGAUGGAGAUGAAACCACAAAAACAUGAACUGAAUGAAGCAGAGGAGGAAAAGCAUAGCAUCGAAAUUCAAAGAACAAAAGAUAAUAAGCCGCACACCUGCCCUCAAUGUGGAAAGAGUUUCAGACAAAAGGAAACCUUAAGACACACAUAAGAGUUCAUACUGGAGAGAAACCGUAUACAUGCACUCAGUGUGGAAAGACUUUUGCUGGUGAAUCAGGUCUCCGAUAUCAUCUACGCAUUCACUCUGGAGAAAAACCAUUUAACUGUGAUCAGUGUGGUAAAAAUUUUAAUUCGUCAUCAAAUCUAAAACAACACCUAAAUGUUCAUUCAGAUGAGAGGCCUUAUGUGUGUUUCUUCUGUGCAAAGAGUUUUUCACGGAUGCGUCAUUUUAAACUGCACCAGAAAACACAUGAUGAAGUGAGAGAUCAUGUGUGCUUUGAGUGUGGGGAGAGCUUUACUACAUCUGCCCAUUUAAAAAAUCACCAAAGAAUUCAUUCUGCAGAAAGACAUUACAAGUGCUCAUAUUGUGACAAGAGUUUCACUCGUUCUGAAAACAUGAAAUCACAUGAGCGAGUUCAUACUGGAGAGAAGCCGUACUACUGUACUCGGUGUGGGAAAAGUUUCAAAUGUAAAACUGAUCUCAAGUAUCAUCUGCUCCGUCACGCUGGAGAAAAGCCAUUUAACUGUGAUCAGUGUGGUAAAGAGUUCAUUUCAUCAUCGCAUCUAAAACAACACCUGAAAGUUCAUUCAGAUGAGAGGCCUUAUGUGUGUUCUCUCUGUGGAAAGAGUUUUUCAAGGAUGAACAGUUUUAAACAGCACCUGAAAAUACAUGAUGAAGUGAGAGAUCAUGUGUGUUUGGACUGUGGGAAGAGCUUUAUUAGAGCUGACAAUCUGAAACAGCAUCAAAGAAUUCAUACUGGAGAAAAACCUUACAAGUGCUCAUCUUGUGACAAGAGUUUCACUCAGUCUGCACACCUGAAAUCACAUGAGCGACUUCAUACUGGAGAGAAGCCGUACUACUGUACUGAGUGUGGAAAGAGUUUCAAACAUUUAUCAAGCCUUCACACUCAUAUGAAAAUAUGUUGCAAACUAUUGAGAAGAAUGAAACUCCGACUUAACUCAGACUAUGGCUCAGACUUGGAAAUCCCAUGUUUUUCUAUCCAGGAUCAGGUAAUCCAUUUUACUUUUGUGUCAGUUUUUCCAAAGCAAAAUUACAUUGGAUCAGCCUUAUCCAGAUACACACGUUUUAAGAUUACCAAAUCUGGAUUACAAGUGCUCCAAAUGGGCUUGCAUUUCACAAUGUGUUGCUAGCAAUGUGAAUGUGGGGUCACUCACUUUAAGUGUUGUUUGAAGAGAAAGCAACAUAAACAUCUGGACAGAACUAACUAAAUGACAGAACUAUCUAAUAGUAAUUAAUUCAUAUGUUUAUUUUCAGCCAGAUAGAAGUGAUGGAGCAAAGACACAAACUGAAUAAAGUGGUGGAGAAAUAUGAAAACAUGUGAAAUUGGCCAUUCAGAGAAAUAUCAUUAUCGGGCUGAAAUUUAUCUGGACCUAUUCUGAGAGCCAACCAAGAAUAUUUUGCUGUGUACAACUGCUACUUUUAUUUUCAUUUUAUCAUACCUCUACCACCAACUUUUCAAAAAGACUUGUUUUUUCCCGCUAUCCCUGUAAGGCAAAGACAUUGUUAUUUAGUCCUCUAUCAUCUCCUGCAUUCCUAAGAACUGAAGUAUUGUACUUGCACUGUUUAGCGUUUGUGGUCUAUACUCGCCUGUUUUGGACACUAUUCAAUAAAGCGUUGUGUUGUUAUUCACCUA